AUGUAAACGUUAGUCGUUCCACCAAAUUAGACACUUGUACCUCCUUCAUGCACUUGUGCGUGCAAAUAGCUUACACACACGUGAACCUGCCGGCUUCGCAGAGCAAGCACUUCAAGAUAAAAGUUUAUUGAAAGCUGCUUUAAGCAUACUGUUUAUAAUCUAGCUCUAGAGUCACUUUGAGGCGGUAUGAUGCCACCGUUAUUGUCAAUAGAAUGGACUCAGGUUUAUGUAUAUAUAGUACAAUAACUUGAAGCAAGAUAGACAAACUGGAAAAACACAACACGAAGAAAAGGAAAAAAUGGCUAUCUAUAAGGCUGCAGUGUUUUCAGCAGCGAUCGCCAUUCUGCUGUCAAGUGUCAUGGGAACGCCGCUAGUGGAUUCCAAAUCAUCACUAAAUGAAAUUGGUAAUUUUGAAAUGGUUAAAAAGGAUAUCAGAAUAGUGAAGGGACAAGAUCAAAAGGGAUUUUUCAUGGAGCAGCACGUCAAUAGGCCGACACAUCGGGUGCUAAGAGCGCCAUCAAACUUGUUCUUGUCGCAAAUCCGUCCGAAAUUUCCCAACCAUAUUCCUCCGUGCGCAACAACAGAGCAAACCCUGGACCCGGCAAACUACUUCAACACACCUCACACGUUCGUCCCCGACAGCUACAACAGAGUGGAGUGCAGCGGUCGUGUUGGCGCGCGGGGCCUCCCUGAGUGCGUGUAUGGCAUCAUGGAUUGCGUUACCGUAUACAAGGACUUGCACUUUAUACGAAAGCCUAGCCACGACUGUAGCACGUGGUACGAUGACGUCAUCCCUAAUGUACCAUCUGGAUGUAUGUGCAUGUGGCCUAAUUAAAUUAAGGAAAUAGAAAAAGAUAAGGAAAAUGACUAUGUUUAAGAGAGCUUUUGUAUUUGUUAUUGCCCCACCUUAACUAUUUAUUUUGUAACUUAAUCCUCAGCUUGAAAUAAAGUAUGGAGUCAUAA